AAACACAACAAAGCCCACAACACUUGAUUUAACAGUUAAACACCUAUAGAUACAGACGAACUACACUCCAGAAUGAGCCAAAAAGAAUGACACAAGUUUGAAGAAAAAGAAUAUCACUUUGAUCUUUAUCUGUUCUGGGCUCUCUUUAAUUCCUCUCUUUGGAAUUGGGUCGAUCUGGGUUUUUGAUUUUGUGGGUGAAAAAUCAUGUUUCUUGUGGAUUGGUUUUAUGGGGUUCUUGCUUCAUUAGGGCUGUGGCAGAAAGAAGCAAAGAUCUUGUUUUUGGGGCUUGAUAACGCUGGCAAAACCACCUUACUUCAUAUGUUGAAAGAUGAGAGAUUGGUCCAGCACCAGCCUACUCAGUAUCCAACAUCAGAGGAACUGAGUAUUGGAAAAAUUAAGUUCAAGGCUUUCGAUUUGGGAGGGCAUCAAAUUGCUCGCAGAGUUUGGAAAGAUUACUAUGCUAAGGUGGAUGCAGUUGUGUACCUGGUGGAUGCCUAUGACAAGGAAAGGUUUGCGGAGUCGAAGAAAGAGCUUGAUGCCCUUCUUUCCGAUGAAUCUUUGGCUAGUGUGCCCUUUCUCGUAUUGGGGAACAAGAUUGACAUUCCUUAUGCCGCAUCCGAAGAAGAACUUAGGUUCCAUUUGGGGCUGGAUAACUUCACAACUGGUAAGGGCAGAGUAAAUUUGGAAGAGUCGGGUGUUCGUCCACUCGAGGUGUUCAUGUGCAGCAUUGUCAGGAAAAUGGGUUACGGAGAUGGUUUCAAGUGGGUUUCACAAUACAUCUAGUGUAGGUUUUUAGUUUGAAAAGACAUCUGGUUUUGUUUUUAAACUUAUAAUGUCACAUUCUCUCUUUAUAAGUUUAGUUUGACUGUUUGUACU